GAUCUGAUAGCACUCGAAAUAGACGCAACACGGAACAAGUAUGUGCUAUGUUUUGGAUGACGACGGAACAAGUCACCGCAGACUAAGCGGAGAAAGCAACAGCAACAACUCAGGAGCCGACGCAGUGGUUGCAAGUAAACAGUUUACUCUUUUGGAUCCACUGCCCCAUGACUUUCACCUGAGGUAUUGGUGUCAAGUAUAGAAUCCCCCUCCUGAUCCUCUCGUCAUGUCCUCCACCUCCUCCUACUCCUCCUCAGGAGAAACUAGUCCAGAGGAUCCACCCCGAGGUGGGGGCACUAUCCGAGUCUACCUCCCCAACAAGCAAAGGACUGUGGUGAAUGUUCGCCAAGGACAGACGGUGUAUGAGAGUCUAGAUAAAGCACUUAAAGUGAGAGGCUUAAGCCAAGACUGCUGUGCUGUAUUCCGCCUUCUCGAAGGUCGGAAGAGACUGACAGACUGGGACACGGACAUUACUCCUUUGGUUGGAGAAGAGCUAUUAGUCGAGGUCCUGGAUGACAUUCCCCUUACCAUGCACAACUAUGUACGGAAAACUUUCUUCAAGCUGGCUUACUGUGAUUUUUGCCACAAGUUCUUAUUUAAUGGCUUCAGGUGUCAGACAUGUGGAUACAAAUUUCACCAGCACUGCAGUAGCAAGGUACCUACUGUUUGCGUGGACAUGGACACAGUAACCAAACAGCGUCCCUGCACAGAUGAGUAUCCUCAGAUACUAUUGCCAGAAAAUUCCCCAUCACAGAGUAACAUAGCCUUUACACCAGAGCCUGCUGGGCUGGACCUCCUGUCACCAACAUCAGCCUUUCGCUUCCCCAUCCCCAGUGGAGAUGGCCAAUCUCUACAAAGGCAUCGCUCCACCUCGACACCCAAUGUUCAUAUGGUCAGCACAGUGAGCCCGGCUGUUGUCAGCAUUAUAGAGGAAGCAGUGAAAUUUAACAACACAAUAGGUCCUGAGCCAUCACCAAAGCCAUCCACUAGCCCACCCUCUUUAGGUUCUCCAGGGAGAAGACCGCCCAAGUCGCCUUCAGAGCACAAAGAACGAAAGCCCUCCUCCUCGGAUGACAAAAAAAAAGUACAUCGUGGGGGCUACAGAGACUCAAGUUACUACUGGGAGGUCCACUACCGGGAAGUCACGAUUCAGAAGAGAAUAGGAGCUGGCUCCUUUGGAACUGUAUUCAAGGGCAAGUGGCAUGGGGAUGUAGCGAUCAAGAUCCUUAAAGUCACAGAGCCGACGCCCGAACAGUUGCAGGCCUUUAAAAAUGAAAUGCAGGUCUUAAGGAAAACCCGACAUGUCAACAUCCUGUUGUUCAUGGGUUACAUGACUAAGCCCAAUUUUGCCAUAAUCACACAGUGGUGUGAAGGCAGCAGCCUGUACCGCCAUCUGCACGUCUCGGAAACCAAAUUUGACACUAUGAGGAGGAUUGACGUGGCCAGACAGACAGCACAGGGCAUGGAUUAUCUUCACGCAAAGAACAUUAUUCAUCGCGACCUGAAAUCAAACAAUAUUUUCCUCCAUGAAGGUUGGACUGUUAAGAUUGGGGACUUUGGCCUUGCAACAGUCAAGUCACGGUGGAGCGGCUCUCAGCAAGUCGAACAGCCUAGUGGAUCAAUUCUUUGGAUGGCUCCUGAGGUGAUCCGAAUGCAGGACAGCAACCCAUAUACAUUCCAGUCUGAUGUAUAUGGCUAUGGUGUCGUGCUGUUUGAACUGAUGUCGGGGACUCUACCAUACUCCAAUAUCAAUAACAGAGAUCAGAUAAUCUUUAUGGUGGGACGUGGUUACUUGUCCCCAGACCUCAGUAAACUCUAUAGUACCUCACCCAAGUCAAUGAAAAGGCUGAUCAUUGACUGCCUGAAGUUCAAACGGGAUGAGAGGCUCUUGUUCCCGCAGAUCCUUGUAGCCAUUGAGCAAGUACAGGACCUGUUGCCAAAAAUUGAGCGCAGUCGUUCUGAGCCCUCUCUCCAUCGGGCCGUCCACGCUGAGGACCUGAAUCCUCUCCUGUUCCACACCACUAGGCUGAUGCCACUCUAAGAUUCCUACAGCACUAGGCGGAAAGGAUCUACCCCUUUGUAAAACCACAGCAUUCCAGUGCCUCUGAGAGGCUUCAGCUGCUUCUGAUGCAGAAUUUCAUCACAAACUUUUCUGAGCCUUGGAGCUCCAGCACCCAGUAACACACUGCGGGAAAAAUCUUUAGGUCUUGAGUUCUUUUUUUAAAUUCUUCCAAUGAUGAACAGCUCGUUGAAAGAGGUGAUAUGUUUGCUUCUUCGUCGGCAAUUUCUCAUGUUUGUUGUAGAAUAUCUUUCAAAUGGGCAAUAGAUACUUCCUGAGGGGUCUCCAUUGCUAACGGAAAAUGAGCACUGCAACAUUGGCUAAUACAGGCUCAGAUCUUGGAAGGAUGACUGCGAUCAUAACCAAAACUGCACUUCACAUCAAAAUUGGUCUUUCUCAAAGCAUAGCCCGUUUGACAACCGUGUAGAGAUGUUUUUGUUCCACAGUACACCUCAAUAACUCCACUUCUCCAAUUACUUUCUAAUGAAAUCAUUUGUGUUUACAGUGUACUACAUGCAAUUUAUUGAUUUAUAACC